GCGGUGACGCGGGGGCGGGGCGCGGACGGAGCGCCCGGCCCGGCCCGGCGCGGCCCCGAGGGCGGCGAUGGCGGCCGCGGGUGGCGGCCCCGGGGCGCCCGCGGAGACGCCCCCCGCCACCACCGCCGCUGUUGCCGCCGCCGAGGCCGGCGCGGUGCUGCAGCGGGAGCCGCUCUACAACUGGCAGGCCACCAAGGGCUCGCUGCGGGAGCGCUUCGCCUUCCUCUUCUCCAACGAGCUGCUCAGCGACGUGCACUUCGUGGUGGGCAAGGGCAGCGCCCGCGGCGGCGGCGGCGGGGCGGCGCCCCCCGGGCCCGGCCAGCAGCGCAUCCCCGCCCACCGGUUCGUGCUGGCGGCCGGGAGCGCCGUGUUCGACGCGAUGUUCAACGGCGGCAUGGCCACCACCUCGGCCGAGAUCGAGCUGCCCGACGUGGAGCCCGCCGCCUUCCUGGCGCUGCUCAGGUUUCUUUAUUCGGAUGAAGUUCAAAUUGGUCCAGAAACAGUCAUGACUACUUUAUACACUGCUAAAAAGUAUGCGGUCCCAGCGCUGGAAGCCCACUGUGUGGAUUUUCUAACAAAGCAUCUCCGAGCAGACAAUGCCUUUAUGCUGCUUACUCAAGCUCGUUUGUUUGAUGAACCUCAGCUUGCUAGUCUGUGUCUUGACACAAUAGACAAAAGUACUAUGGAUGCCAUAAGUGCAGAAGGCUUUACUGACAUCGAUAUAGACACGUUGUGUGCAGUUUUAGAAAGGGAUACCCUUAGUAUUCGAGAAAGUCGGCUCUUUGGAGCUGUUGUUCGCUGGGCAGAAGCGGAAUGUCAAAGACAACAAUUGCCUCCAACAUUCGGGAACAAACAAAAAGUCCUUGGAAGAGCUCUUUCCCUGAUCCGUUUUCCAUUAAUGACUAUUGAAGAGUUUGCAGCAGGCCCUGCUCAAUCUGGAAUCUUGUCAGAUCGGGAAGUAGUAAAUCUCUUUCUUCAUUUUACUGUAAAUCCUAAACCUAAAGUAGAUUAUAUUGACCGACCAAGAUGUUGCCUUAGAGGAAAAGAAUGCAGCAUUAACAGGUUCCAGCAAGUGGAGAGUCGCUGGGGCUACAGUGGAACAAGUGAUCGGAUUAGGUUCACAGUUAACAGAAGAAUUUCCAUAGUGGGAUUUGGAUUAUAUGGAUCUAUUCAUGGACCCACAGACUAUCAAGUUAAUAUACAGAUAAUUGAUUAUGAGAAGAAUCAGACACUAGGACAGAACGAUACUGGGUUUAGCUGUGAUGGAACAGCCAGUACCUUCAGAGUUAUGUUCAAAGAGCCCAUCGAGAUCCUGCCCACGGUUUGCUACACAGCUUGUGCAACGUUAAAAGGUCCUGAUUCCCACUAUGGAACAAAAGGUUUGAAGAAAGUGAUCCAUGAAUCUCCUACUGCUAGCAAAACAUGCUUUGUCUUUUAUAGUUCACCAGGGCAAAGGAGCCGCCAAGGGCUCCGCGGGCGCGGACGGCGCGGCGGGACCGGUGGUGGCGGCGGGCGGCGGCUCCGUGAGGGUGGCGGUGCGCGCCAAGCCCGGCGCCCGCUGCAGCGCCGUCACAGAUGUGACAGCUGAGGCAGUAGGUGUAGCUAUUGCUGCACCCCCGUCGGAAGGGGAGGCAAAUGCAGAGCUGUGUCGCUACCUCUCUAAGGUGCUAGAAGUGAGGAAGAGUGACGUUGUUUUA